CCACUUCGAAUCUCUAAGUGUGUUAGCUUCGAUUAUAAGUAUAUGUUAAUUUCUGAUUUUGCUUCGGACCCUAAUUUGAUAAUAUAUGAUUUCUAAAUUAGAAACGGUCGAUUAUUGUUUCCUUUUCUGGCGUUAAGAGAGAUUUAAAUGAAGGAAGAACAACUCUUAACAUUUGCAGAGAAAGUUUUUGGUAAAUUAAAUAAUGAAUUCUAAAUAGUUGCGAUCGAUAAAACUUGUCUGCUUCAUGAGAGACACAACACAAGCCCAUGUUAAUAAAAAAUAGAACUACUAUACAUUUUUUUUUUUGGAUUCUUCUCAUUUCACUAUAAACCAAGAAAAAAAAAUAAGAAGAAAACUUCAAUUUUCUUGGGAAAAUCAAGGUUGAUGGCUCGAAAUAUCAGUAUUUCACAUGGUCAAAACAUUAACUUAUAUUUUAAUUACCAAGAAUCAAAGUGGGUUUUUGCUAUAAUCAUCUGCAUUGUUGUCACUAUUUACUUCAAAGUUUCACCUUUUAACUUAAGAGUGGACACUGAUUCUUCUAAACACGUGGUCCUCUUUCUCUCUUCCCUUUUGCAAAACACAUAUGAAUCUGCUAAUCUGGUUAUUUUUAUUAUUAUUAUCAGACUAUUUCAAUAAUGAAUUAUUAAAAAUUUUAGUUCAAGGAAACUUCUUUUUUGUGAACUUUGAGAUGGUUUUUGAUUUUCAUGCAAAGAGGAACAAGAAGAAAGGUGGGUCUGUGACUAAAAACAGAAAUCUCCAUUAAUUUGUCCAGCCCAUCUCUGAUCAGACCAUGUCACACCCGUGACAGUGACACUGAUAUAUAAACCUUAUUUGCUCACAAGUUUUAAAGUAAACGUCUUUUGAUCUUAAAUCAAGAAUAUCUCUGUUUAUGUGAAAGUGUAAUUAAACUACUACUACUAGUACUAGCUAGACCUGCCUUUCUCUCCCUCUCUGCUUUCUUGUUUGACAGUUUGGUUUUAUAGUCCUAGGCGCAGCUUUUCUUAUCUUUUUUCACUCCUAGGGCGCUCAAGCUGUUCUUGUUGUCCCUUUAACUUUUCUUAGGGGACCCCUAUCCUACUAUAGAACCUCACUUUAUUGUGUUAUAUGAAGCAAGUCAGCUUGUCGCACGGACCAAAGAUUUGUCUUUUUCAAUCUCCAUGUCUUGAUCUCUUUGGAUUUUGCCUUCUGCUUUGGCUUGAUCUUGAUGUAAAAAACCAUCUUAAAAACACCUAGAGAUCUUGCAUUUUUUAAUUCUAUGUUUGACUUGGAUUGCUUUAAAGAGAUUCUUGAUUCUUGAUCCUGAGUCUCGGUUGUAAAUAUGUAAUCUUUUCCUUUCUUUAUCACCUGGUUGUCUAAAUAUUCUCUAUGCUUUUCCCCUUCUUGCCCAUCUGUAAGGUAUCUCACUUUUCUCCUGUCUUAUUGCAGAAUAAAAGGGGAGGCAUUAGCUGCUGAAUCAAAUCAAUGCAAGCUUGUACUUGUUAUAGCUUGAAUGGAAGUUUUAUGUGGUUCUAAAAAAGCAGCAAUGGCAAAGCAGCUACAGCAAUCUGUCACCGAUACUACAAGAUCGCCUCUUGUUCCAGCGGAGAAGAACAAUGCAGUUGCUGCCACGCGCCGGUCUAGAACAAUGGAGGUCAGUUCAAGAUACAGAUCACCUACUCCCACUAAAACUCGUAGAUGCCCUUCACCUAAUGUCACUAGGACUGUGUCUUCAACCUCUCAGUCUUUAUCGAAAAGAGCUGUUUCAGCAGAAAGGAAACGUUCUUCAACGCCAACCACUCCCACUAAUCCGUCCACACCGGUUAGUGAUGUAUCUAUAGAUUUACCUGUUUCUUCUAAGAAAUUAUCUACCGGUCGUGUACCUCAAGGGUUAUGGCCUUCUACUAUGAGGAGUCUCAGCGUUUCAUUUCAGUCUGAUUCACUCUCAGUUCCUGUUGUUAAGGAGAAACCGUUUGUUACUUCUUCUAUUGACCGCACAUUGAGACCGUCUUCAACCUCUGUCUCAAGGAAACAUACGAGAAGUCCACUGAAGGGUAAGAAUGUGACUGCAGGUCAAUCAGAGAAUUCGAAACCUGUAGAUGAUGGUCCUCAUAGUAGGUUAAUACAACAGCAUCGAUGGCCUAGUAGAAUGUCUAUGAACAGAAGCUUGGAUCUUGGUGAUAAAGCGGUUAGGACAACGUCUCUGUCUUUGUCCAACAAAACCUCUAAACCUUUGCAAAAAUCUUCUAGCGACACGGCGAGGUUGUUGUCCGCUUGUGAAAAUGGUGGACUAGUAAUGUCUCCAACAAAUUCAGAAAAUGGUAGUAAUAGUUUAAAUAGGCUAUUGUCUGCAAGUUCAUUAGAUAGAGCAACUUCAGCUAGGGUGCACCCAUUGUCUGCUCCUGGAUCACGCGCAGCUUCUCCAAGCAGAUCCUCAUUUUCAUCAUCAUCAUCAUCAUCCUCUCAUUCUCGAGGGAUGAGUCCUUUGAGAGGCGCGAAUCUCUCUUGUGUGAGAUCGUCUACACCGCCACCAAGAGGUGUAAGUCCUUCCCGAUUAAGACAAACCAACGCGUCUACAAGCAGCCCAACCUCAGUUCUCAGUUUCAUGGCUGAUGUAAAGAAAGGAAAAAAGGCAAAUUAUAUAGAAGAUGUUCAUCAACUGCGCUUGCUAUAUAAUAGAUACUCACAAUGGCGGUUUGCAAACGCUCGAGCUGAGGGAGUCGGUUAUAUUCAAAGGUUAAUCGCAGAGGAAACUCUAUACAAUGUCUGGCAUGCAACAUCAGAGCUAAGAGAUCAUGUGACAACUCAAAGAAUCUACCUCCAACAGUUGAAGCUAGAAAUUAAGCUUGAAGACAUCUUAAGUAAGCAGAUGGGUUGCCUUGAAGAUUGGGCCAUACUCGAGAGAGAACACGUUACUUCUGUAGCUGGUGCCAUAGCAGACUUGGAAGCAAAUACUCUCCGCCUUCCACUAACUGGAGGAACAAAGGUGGACCUUGGAACUCUGAAGUUGGCUAUGUCCUCAGCACUUGAUGUUAUGCAGACUAUGGGAUCAUCGAUCUGCUCUCUACACUCACAGAUGGAAGAGAUGAAUAAGCUUGUUUCAGAUCUCGCUGUUAUAGCUGCAAAAGAAAAAUAUAUGCUUGGCAAAUGUGAAAAUCUAUUGGCAUCAACUGCAGUCAUGGAGAUAGAAGAGAGUAGCCUCAUGACUCAUUUGAUGCAAAAGAAGCAAGAAGAAGUAAGAGAUGAUGCAGAGUCUCCAUUGCUGCCAUUAGGCUCAUUUAAGUGCCUAUGGACAUAACACCACUCUUGAAGUUUCCACGGCUAACUCUUAAAACGACUUGUAAAUUGCUCGUUUUUUGGCACCAACCUUUUUCCAUUUUAUCCUUAACUUGUAGGAAAAACAUGUGAAAUAGAUGGUUUAAAGAAAAUGAAGAAGAAUGCAUUUUAGCUUUUCAUCUUUA